UCGAAUGAAAUGCUUAAGCGAAUCGAAUGAAAUACUUAUAAGUCGUAUUUAGCACUCUUUCAAGUAAAUUUGUUAGAAGUUAAAGUCACCUGAUUGUGUCACACCUGUGAAGUCUCUACUUAAUACUUGAAAAGUAUUUACAUAGCUCAAAUGUGGAAUUUAAAGGAUUCUGCCGCACAUCUAUAUCGGCAAUAUGAGCUGGUCACCUGCAUCAAUAUGUUCGAGCCAUGGGAGAAGAAGCUAAUCAAUGGAAUCUUCUUGUUGAUGUUUGUCCUCUUGGUAUUCUCGAGCUGCGUCUAUUUGCCCAGCUAUAUGGACACGCUGAUUGAGAUUAUAAGGCCAGCAGCUGCGUCCAGUAAGGUGGAUGAUCUGACAUAUGUGCCGCAGAGAAUCAGCAGCAUGUAAGACAUGGCCCACACCAUAGACUAGAAUCACCCCAUACAGGAGAAAUCGAUAUACAUGUGUUAUGCACUUAGGACUUGCCCAAUCGGAAGACAGAU